AUGAUUUUGUGGAGGCUGUACUGAUAUGCAAUCUGUACCAGCCUAGUGCUGAAGCAUGUCGUCUCUGGGUUUGCCGACUUCUGGAAAGCUAUAUUCAAAACAAGACAUUUUAAAGAAUGGUGGCAAUACCGUAGAUGCUGCUGUGGCUAUAGCUGCUGCCUUAAAUUUCACUGAACCGUGCAGUACUGGCAUAGGUUUGGCCUGUUUCUGUCUCUGCUAUGAUGCAAACACAAAGAAGGUUCAAGGUCUCAGUGGAAGUGGCUGUGGCAGGUCUCCAGAGGCAUUGACCAUUGAGCUGUAAAGUGCAAGUUUUAAUGAGACAAAAAGCCUCUUCCUCCAUGCUCAUAAUAUCACUGUGCUAAGCACAACAGCUAGCUGGUGCAAAGCUGUUUCCCUAUAUGGAAGCAAAAAGGUGAAGCUCAGUGAAAAUAUUCUGCAACCUGCUAUCAAAUUGGCUGAGAAAUGUUUUCCUGUGUCAGAGAUUACUGCCUAUCAUUGGAAAUGUGGUGCUCAUGUUUUACAAGCACCUGGAAACAAACCUGGAAAAGAGCUACUGAUUCAUGGCUACGCUCCUCAUCAUGGACAAGAGUUCUGCAAUCCAUUUUUGCAACAACUCUUUCAGGAGCUGACAAAAUCUGGCAAGAAAAGAUUCUACAAAGGUUGUGUUGCAGAAGCUAUUAUAGAAACUGUUCAGAAAAAUGGAGGAAUAAUGGAUUUAGAAGAUCUCAAAAGCCAUGUCACCAAUGAAGUCAAACCGAUUUACAAGGAUGUGAAUGUUUGGGAAAUCCCUCCAAAUGGACAAGGAAUCACAGCUUUGAUCCUGCACAUUUUAGACAAUUUUAAUAUUAAAGACAUGGGCCAUAACACUGCUGACUAUUUACAUGUGCUGAUUGAAGCCUUAAAACUCAGCUCCUCUGUUACUUUCUGGUUCUGUGCUGACCGUGACAAAGUUCCAGUACCUACAAAAUAACUUCUUUCUAAAACAUAUGCCAAAGGAUGCUCGGAGGUAGUUAAUUUACAAAGAGCCAGUGACAAAUAUAAUAAAGGAAAUUUGCUGCCAGUAGGAAGUGACACAGUUUACUUCACUGUGGUCCAUGCUCAAGGCAAUGCCUCUUCUUUCAUCAACAGCAACUAUAUGGGCUUUGGCAUAGGACUGGAACUAGGUGGCUGUGGAUUUACUUUACAAAAUAGAGGAUCCAGUUUCUCACAAUCUCCAAGUCACCUGAACUGCCUCACCCUGAGAAAAUGGCUGUACCACAUGAUCAUUCCUGCCCUUGCUACUGCAGCAGACACUGGGGACCUCUUGUGCUCCUUUGGAGUAAUGGGUGGGUUCAUGAAGCCUCAAGGACACGUGCAGGAUAUAAGUAAUGUAAGUCUUUUGGAAUGUAUGGCAGAACAUUAGAAGGAUUCACUGCUUAUUUAAGAGCCUUUCAUUUCAGUAUACUCUGGACAGGCCACGAAAACCUGCAGCCCAACAGAGCAGUGAUCUUGCUGAUCUAUGCGCUUUAUCCUAGUGCUGACAGAUCAGCCAUCAGCCAGUUUCAGAUCAACUUCAUGUUUUGUUUCUACCAAAGGACUCUGAGAUGUUAAACACUGUAUAAUUUAUAUCAAAGGUCUCAUUCUCCAAAGACAGUGUACAAGCACUGCAUGCAAAUUUUAAGUGUAUUAAAAUUAAUAUGAGGACGUUUUCCUAGAGUCUAAUCUGGCUUACUUUAAUAAUCUCUUUGAAGCCUGCUUGGGGAAUCAGUAGCAAGCAGAGGUGGAUAAAUGCUUCAGUUACAAUUUGUGUGAACUUUGGUUUGAAGUUUUAAAUGAAUUCCCUCUGCCUUUGUUCACUUUCUAUGAUUAUUCUAGUUAACAAUGGUAAAAAUAUUAACAGCAAAUGUCAGAUGACUAUUGCAGCAUAUUUGUGGAAAACUAAUUAAAGAGCUCUAAAAGUUACACUCACCCAAACAGUGGAGUUUAAAAAAAAUAAAAUAAAGUCCAUUCCUGGACCACAGUAACUCAUUUUUGAUUAUCUUGUUUUGUGCCUUGACAGGUGCAUUAAGAAUUGAAAGAGAAUAUAAACUAAAGGAGAGGGAAAAUUAAUUGCCCAAAGUGCCCUAAGAAUUGGUUUUCUGUCUAGAGUGACCACCUUUGUUGCAUGGAAAUAAGAGAAAAUUACAUGAAAAGUAAGAAACAAUGCUUUAUUUUAAGAGACAUUUUAGGGAAACAUCAUUUCCAUUAAUAUAUCACGUAUUUUUCUCUCAAGUGUACGUUUCUGCUGCCCUUCAGUAUAGAAUGCAAUUAUCAUAAGCUUCGAUUUAAUGUUUAAAAUGGUACUUAUCAGUUUUAAAAUUUCAAUACCUCUGUUUUUUAAAAUCAGUUCAUUAAAUGCUACCUGUACAAUUUAAAUUAACUUUUAAUUUGAAACUCAGCCUUGAUGGAAUCAAUAUUUAGGAGUUUCCUGCAAUCUGUCCAAGUCUGUUAACACAAAUAAAAUAUUCUUUCCACAACUGCAUUGGAGGUAGGAAUGGCCAUAAAUAAAUUCCAUGAGUUUUAAGAAAGUGGGAGAUGGAGGUGGCUACCAUGUUUCAAAUUCCCAGCACUUUCCCUGCACACAACACUCAAGUGGGCAGUUAAGGGUAGCAAGCACAUAGUGGUGUAUCUCAUCUGGGGCAUCAAAUGCCCCAAUAACAACUUAUGUGGGUGAAACCAGACAGUCACUACCCUCUUGAAUGAACUCACACAGAAAAAGACAAAAAAAAAGUAUCAUCUGUGGGCACACACUUUUCACAAAGCAAUCACUUCAUAACUGAUUUUUCAAUACUUUUCCUCAAAGGAAACCUGCAUAACACCUUCAGAAGGGAAGCUUGGGAACUUAUGUUCAUAACUCUACUAGGCACCAAAAACCAUGGACUGGACAGGGACACUGGUUUUAUGGCUCAUUACUACAGUUUGUAACGCACCAAACUGCCUGCUACCCUUAACUGCCUGCUUCAAACCUUUCAUGCCUAACAAUCUAACCCGGAGUUGCCCACUUUAUUUCAAGUAACUGCCUCCAACAUGCGUUACCCCUUCUGCUUAACAAUUUGUCCUCACUUGCAAUUGGCUGAGACUCUCAACUUCCUGAAGAAGCACCCUGUGUAGGUUGAAAGCUUGUACCUUCCACCACCAGAAAUUGGUCCAAUAAAAUAUUACCUCACCUACCUUGUCUCUUUCAUAUCCUGCGACCAACAGG